UUGACCCUUGAGUGGUGACUUUUCUGUUUCUUGAGUGUGUGAAGACACCCCAGAAGUGAAGUUGGCCCUCUUCAUCGCCUAUUUUGUGAGAAAAUCUGCUCGCAAAAAUGAUGCCGGACGAUUACUAUGCGAUUCCGCCGCCUGUCAUGAUGCGCCCGCUUGGUGAUCAAGGUGCUCUCACUCGCAUCUGCUGGACGCUGGCCGAAGUCCUGCGGGAACUGCAAGCCCUUUCACAUCGAGAGGAGUCCCCGGAAGAUAGUGUGGUAGCAAGAAUGGAGCGAGAGUAUCAACUUUUCCUUGCCAGAGAAAAGGAGGCGUGGCUGCAGUACAAGAUACCUCUUCGGCCGCCGAAAACAAAGGUCGUAAUGUUACCUGGGGCAAAUCUUUUCGUCGACUCACCACCCUCGAUGUCUAUUGGCCAUUGUGUCGCCGAAGAUUUCGAAAUGUCGGCCGGACUUGCAAUUGAUUUCCGAGAGCUUUUCGGCAAUGUGAACUACCUGCUGUCUUUGGGGCUGAAAGUCGGACAGGUUGCGGUCCUUCCAGUACAGCAGAACGACGGUACCUUCAGGUAUGCUCUGUACAUCAUCACCAAGGAGAAGUCGAGAGGAACUCGCCCGACACGUGAAAACUUUGAAGCCGCCAUCGUCUCUCUCCGUGAUGUCUGCACGGCACUCGGCAUUAAGCAAUUAGGGCUCCCUAAAAUUGGAGCGGGACUUGACAAACUUCCAUGGGAGUUCAGCCUUGAGGUUCUGGAGCGAGUUUUUGCUAACUCGAAAACGGAGGUUUUUAUUUUCGAGGGCACCAACGAUUUUACGAGGAGGAAUUUCCACAAGACGACAACCUCUCCGGCCUCGAGCAGCCUCGAUGACGAAUUUCCGCCGCUCGCCAAGACCUCGCAGGCCGAGCCCCUCGUACAAAAGAGACAAAGCAUAAGUCUUAUCGAUUCAGUCCCCCAGAUUGGAAAACAAAAUAAUUUACAAAAAUGUUCUGUUGUUUCAGCUGCGUCGCCGAGCCACCAAAAAAAUAAAAAGAAGUCGCCCACUCGUCGAUGGGAGACCGACAUGGCCAAACAGCAGGCGCGCCUGGAGCAGGUGGCGAGGCCCGCAGCUGACCCUGGGCCUGGCGGUGCCCCAUCAGAAGCUGCCAAAAUUACAGCAGGACUAGGUGGACCAGCUGGGCGCACACCGGAGACCUGUAACAAAGCUGGGGUGCCCUCCCGUGCGUCCAGCCCCACCUCAUCAUCUGCUAGCAAAGGUGAAACAACUUUUAUUCAGUCAACCUACCCUGAGGAGGAAACUAAUUUUAGUCUGGAGGCCAACUCUCCUGGAGGCGACGGCAAGAAGGAGUCCAUGAGCCUGGCGAAAUUCUUUGCUGACCUGGAAGGAGGAAGGGAGGCUGAGAGUCUUCGGGAAAGCUUUGCCGGUGGGGGUAGCCUGCACCAGCUGCCCCCACUUGAUUCCAAUCACCGACCCCCCCGGCAAACUCCCAAUGUAAAGGUAACAGUCGGUGUCUCACACAUACCCGAAGUCUCACCACUCUCUCCGCUCGAGCCCUCAGAACAGUCUAACCCCGCCCCACCCUUGGCUCCUGAUGCGCCCAGUUCAGUUGACCUGGCCAGUGAGCUGUCCGGCAUGAGGCGAAGCAUCGACGCGCUGGCCGAGAAAGUCUCGGUCGGGCUACGUGGGACAGUCCCGGUCAACAUCAGGCGACCGCAGCCGAGAAAGGAGGCCGGCCCCGUGCGCAACUUGAGUAAGCAGCCCGCCCCAUCGGCUCCAUCUCCGAAGAUUGCCGCACCAUCACCCUCAAACUCCACAUCAAUAAAUUACAGAAGAAACUCAAAAAACACAAACAACAAGUCCCUUCCAAAAAACACUUAA